AAGUGUACCUAUUCGGUUCCGCGAUUUUCGUAACUGAACGCCAUUUUUUGUUUCCUGGUUCAAAUAAAACUGGUUUCGUGAAUCAAAUUGUUUAAAUCGAGGAUAAAAUGGGGAAGAAAUAUGUACCGGUAGCGACUAAACGGCUGCGCGCAGCUGCAAAUAGAAGGAACCUAGCCUUUUUAAUAAAGGAGGAAGAGGAAACUGAUCAGCCAGCUGAACAGCCGAAUCAAACAGCGGCAAUCAAGACAGAUAAUCCCGGUGUGGCUAUGAAAAUGCCAUUUCGUAGAAUGGAAAAACCUACUACAGACCCGAAAAAUUCCGUUACCACAACCCGAUCCCGAAUUGUCAGAUCGGCUACGAAUCGAAAGAAAACUCAACCAAAGCCUUCCGACCUACUGGUUCCGAAAAACCGUAUCCUUCUAAGCUCUUCACCUACACAUAAGAUAACAUCGUCCCCCGGUGUACAAACUGUAAGCCCGAUAAAGGACAGACAAAUGAUGGAGAUACAGAUGGAUUUUUUCCGGGACUGGGAGGAUGAUGACGAUGACAUGCCCGAACUUCAACGAUGCACUGCAGCAGCACGGCUUGAAUCUGAAGCUAAUGGUCAGCGCAAGAUGCCAGAUAGUCCGACAGUUUUGAGAACAUAUUCAACCAAGUGCAUUCAAAGAAAAACUUCAGAGGAAAGUGCUGAUUAUUUCGAAGACGAAAAUGGAAGCGAAGCUCAAACAGCUGUAACCAUUGAGUGCAGCUGUGGGCAACAACCAGCAAUAACAAAAUUACUGAAAGACAACGCUACGAUGAAGGCACAAAAUGAAAAACUUAAGAAAGCCCUUCGGGAGUCCAAUAAACGAUGCCUCAAGUUGACGGACUUCCUAAAUUCGAAGAUUAUUGGUGAACCUCAAGGAGAAAUUUUCACAGAGAUCGAGGGAUUUCCAAGCACGGAUCAGCUUAAGAAUUUCUCGAACCAAGCAAUUAAGAGCGACUAUACUUUUGUUCGGCUGCUGAUGGAAGAGCUCUGGCCAGACGGCUUCCUGAACAGAUCUGUGAGUGGAAGGUCGUCCAACAAUCCUCAUGGAAGACCAAAAGCUGGGGUAAACAAAAGUCAAAUCCAGGUGUCAACUCAAACUGUGAAACGGAUUCCACUUGAGCCUGACAAAGUGAAGUACUUGCGUGAUCGUUUGUUGGAACAUCGCAUUUUCCGAGGUGAUUCGCCAGCUGUUGCCAAAUCUAUGGCCGAUGAAGCGCCGAGGCUUAUGAAGCGAGUUCUGGCAUACUAUGGGAAAAGGAGCUUGCUAACUAACUCGCUUGUGUGCUAACUUCUACUUAUUUUACCAUACCUCGGAGCUCUGAGUCAGAAAUGUUUAUAAAACUUUCAAAGAACUAUUGAAUUUUGGCAUUGUAUUGUAACUGUAUUGACAUUGUAACUUGAAUUCUGAAAAUAUAAGGCAUUAAACUAAAAAGUUCAGAUUUAUGAUUUUCCUCUUGCCAAUGAUCCAAAACAACAAUUUUUAUACAAUUUAAUCAAAUUUAUAACCAUUCACUAAACUGAUUUUAUAUCUAAUUUAUAACAAAGGUUGUUAUAAUAUACAAUUUUCAUCAUUAGAAAUUAUAUCUUAUUUUGUUAUAACACUGAUAUAAAAGUAACACACUAUGUUACUAUUUUGUUACAGCUAGAGGGAUUUUAGUUAUGUUUUUUGUUAUUUUAACA